UUUGAUUAGAGCAGCGCCCGAUGGAUGAGUAAACACCUCGGAUACAGCUACACCAUAGGCUAUAGCCAUGGCUAUAUCUAUAUAGAUGUAGCUGCCCGCCCCCGCCGAUCUCCUGGGCGGACCGCGCCUUGCAGAUACUAAAAAAGGCAGCACGAAUAUUGCAGAUACGGAUACAGCGAAUGGCGCCCGAAAAUCCCCGAAGGUGGCCGAACCGCCACGAGCGGCCCCAAUGCUUGGAAGAAGAAGAGCUCCUCCGAGCUCUUAAAACAUCAUUGUCUUGGCGAUAAAAUCAGCCAGAGAUUCAGUGUGCUCUGACGGCUCGACUCGAUUAGACAACACAUCAAAGUUCAGCACCAUGGCCGAUGAGAAGAAGAAGGUUAAGAAGAAGAAGACCAAGGAAGAGGGUGGUACUUCCGAAACCGCUUCUGAGGCCGCAUCCGAGGCAGCAACCCCGGCACCAGCUGCCACUCCUGCCCCGGCCGCAUCUGCCACUGGUUCGAAGAGAGCGUCGGGCGGAUCCCGUGGCUCCAGGAAGUCGAAGCGCGCUGGCUCCUCGGUCUUCUCUGUGUUCUCCCAGAAGCAGAUCGCCGAGUUCAAGGAGGCCUUCCAACUCAUGGAUGCCGACAAGGACGGUAUUAUUGGCAAGAACGAUCUGCGCGCUGCCUUCGACUCCGUCGGCAAGAUCGCCAACGACAAGGAGUUGGACGCCAUGCUGGGCGAGGCCUCGGGUCCGAUCAACUUCACCCAGUUGCUGACCCUGUUCGCCAACCGCAUGGCCACCUCCGGUGCCAACGAUGAAGACGAAGUUGUUAUUGCUGCCUUCAAAACAUUCGAUAACGAUGGUCUCAUCGACGGUGACAAAUUCCGCGAAAUGCUCAUGAACUUCGGUGACAAGUUCACCAUGAAGGAGGUUGAUGAUGCCUACGAUCAGAUGGUGAUCGACGACAAGAACCAGAUCGAUACCGCCGCCCUGAUCGAGAUGCUCACCGGCAAGGGUGAAGAGGAGGAGGAGGAGGCCGCCUAAGGCACAUCCGAUCACAUCCUAACUUCUAACUCAACAUCCAUAUUACAACCAGAAUCAGAACGUUAAAUCAAUCAGUCAAAUCAGUAAUAAUAAACGUAAUUAAAAGAAACGCUCGUUUACAUAUGUA